CCAUAACUUCACCCACUUUCUGUUGAGCAGUUCAAUCACCACAAGUGUAACACCGAGCGACGCCAUCAUCUACUCCCUCCCUUCUUAAUAAUCCAAGUUGAUCUUGGAUUAUCAUUUCAUUUUCGGAUUAAGGAUAACCUAUCGCCCCCCCAAUUCGAAAUGAGAGUCUCUACCGUUUGCGCGGCUGCUCUGUCCGUCGGCUUUGCUUCGGCUGGUAGCUGGUUCGGUGGCUCCCAAGAAAUUGUCACUAAGGACGUGGAGAAGGUUCCUGGUGACUCUCCACUCGAGUUCUGCGAUACCGAUCAUAGCAACGAUAUUAUUAAGAUCGAGAGCGUUGAUCUAUCGCCUAACCCCCCUGAGACUGGUGCUGAGCUAGUCAUUAAAGCCACGGGAACUGUUUACGAAACGAUCCAAGACGGCGCCAAGGUCAACCUCGUCGUCAAGUAUGGUUUGAUUCGCCUCAUUAGCACCACCGCCGACCUAUGUGAGCAAGUCGAGAACGUCGAUCUUAAGUGCCCCAUCGAGAAGGGUGUUCUAUCUCUCACCAAGGCCGUCGAGAUUCCCAAGGAGGUUCCUCCUGGAACCUACAACGUCUACGCCGAAGUCAUUAACUACGAUGGAAAGCCAGUUACCUGCCUCCAGGCUACGGUGAAGUUCGGUGGAAGCAAGGCGGAUAUGGGCGAUCUAUAGAUGGAUGGACCUUAGUCGAGCGAAUUUGGAUUACCACAAUCAUCAUCAUUAUCAUCACUACCAUCACAUUAAAGGGCAGGACCGAAUGGUUACCUCGGUUGACGAUUACUACGAAUGGUAUGGCAGUCUUUUGACGGACGGGAGAGCACCUCUUCGCCUACGUCUGUAUUUGUACGGAUUUUUUGAGAGCAUCGCAGUUUGAUUUAUGUCCUGUUAUCGCGAAUCUUUGUUCAUUGGGCGUUGUUUCCUUUUCUUUGAUACCGCAUGGUGACGAAGAAGGCACGUAAUCACAUUGGCUUAGCAUUUAGUUGUUGUGCAUAUACAAUGAUACCCCGUAAGGGCAAUUCUUUUCGAGU